GAUCUUGUAUACUCAAGAAAGAGAAGAAAAUGCAGAUUGUCAGAAUCCUUCAAAUUUGAUACUCAGCACUGUUGUGAUCUCUUCAUUACUGGACGUUAAGUCUGGAUAUCAGAACUGGUUCAGUGAAGUACUCUCCUAUUAAGUUGAGGGACCAACUUAAAAUCAACAAAGUAACAACGGGCCCAACACAAUCAGGAAAUCUAGGUCUCUUAAAGUGAAAAGCAAACAACCUGUCCUUCUUCUGCCCUUUCCCGAAAUCUAAAUGUGAUGGCCGUGCUGCUCUUUCCUGUCCAGCUGUUGGCAGUGGCUGUCACUGUUUACCUAGAGCUGGUGAGGUCUGCUCAAGGUGGCGUCUACUAUGGGAUCAAGCAGCUGCCACCCCAGGUGCCCCAGUACCAACCCCUUGGACAACAAGUACCUCACAUGCCACUGGGCAAAGAAGGCAUCCCGAUGCAGCACAUGGGCAAGGAGGUGCCCCACAUGCAGUACGGGAAAGAGUACCCCCAUCUGCCUCAGUACAUGAAGGAGGUCCCGCAGAUGCCUCUGCUCGGCAAAGACAUGGCUCCCAAGAAAGAGAAAGAAAUACCUGUGCGGAGUCUUAGGGGUGAGCAAGGUCCCCCCGGUGAGCCUGGACCAAGAGGGCCGCCGGGGCCACCAGGAUUACCGGGUCACGGCGUCCCAGGAGCCAAAGGAAAACCGGGCCCACAAGGAUAUCCAGGAAUCGGGAAGCCGGGCUUGCCAGGGAUGCCAGGGAAACCGGGGGUCAUGGGGCCCCCAGGGCCAAGAGGGGAGAUGGGGCCGAAGGGGGAUAUUGGGCCCAUGGGGAUACCCGGGCCGCAAGGACCGCCGGGGCCUCAUGGCCUUCCCGGCAUAGGGAAAGCGGGUGCUCCGGGGCUGCAGGGACAACCGGGGCCAAAGGGCGAGCCUGGGCUGAAGGGACCCCCGGGAGCCCCCGGGAUCCCAGGACCAAAAGGGGAGAAAGGCGUCGGGAUCCCGGGUUUGCCGGGGCUGAAGGGUCCACCUGGGCUGCCUGGCCCCCCAGGCCCUGUGGGGCUGCCGGGGGUCGGCAAGCCGGGCAUGGUUGGCUUCCCUGGCCCGCAGGGACCCCUGGGCAAACCCGGACCCCCUGGAGAGCUGGGGCUGCAGGGGCCCCCGGGGGCCCCCGGGAUCCAAGGCCCUCCCGGCCUGCCCGGCGUUGGCAAACCUGGCCAGGAUGGCCUCCCUGGCCAGCCGGGCUUCCCGGGUGGCAAAGGGGAGCAAGGCCUGCCAGGCCUGCCGGGGCCCCCUGGCCUCCCCGGGGUGGGCAAGCCAGGCUUCCCUGGGCCCAAAGGUGAGCGUGGCGUGGGUGGUCUGCCCGGCCCCCUGGGGCCCAAGGGGGAGAAGGGGCACGCGGGGCCGCCUGGCAUGGGGGGGCCGCCGGGGGAGCCCGGCCAGCCAGGACUGCCCGGCAUCAUGGGCCCCCCGGGAGCCGCCGGCUUCCCGGGACCCAAAGGAGAAGUCGGCGCUGUGGGGCCACCAGGACCCGUUGGCCCCAAGGGUGAACCCGGCCUGCAGGGGUUCCCAGGAAAGCCAGGCUUUCCUGGGGAAGUGGGGGCCCCUGGGCUGCGAGGGCUGCCGGGCCCCACAGGGCCCAAGGGGGAAGCUGGGCACAAAGGCUUGCCGGGGCUGCCAGGUGUCCCAGGGCUUGUGGGGCCAAAGGGCGAGCCGGGGCUCCCCGGUGCCCAGGGGCUUCAGGGCCCCUCGGGCAUCCCGGGCAUCGCGGGACCCAGCGGUCCCAUCGGCCCCCCAGGACUGCCAGGGGCCAAGGGGGAGCCCGGCCUGCCUGGACCCCCCGGCUUCCCUGGCGUGGGCAAACCCGGCGCCGCGGGGCUGCAAGGACCCCCGGGGAAGCCCGGGGCGCUUGGUCCCCCUGGCCAGCCAGGACUCCAGGGACCACCCGGCCCCCCCGGGCCCCCAGGUCCCCCAGUCAUCAUCCCACCCACUCCGCCAGCCGUGGGACAGUACCUGCCCGAGGUGGGGCCGGGGAUAGACGGCAUCAAGCCCCCCUACGGCUACAUGGGCAAGAAAGGCAAGGCUGGCGGCGCCGUCUACGAGAUGCCCGCGUUCACGGCGGAGCUCCUCACCCCCUUCCCCCGGGUUGGGGUGCCCGUGAAGUUCGACAAGCUCCUCUACAACGGCCGGCAAAACUACAACCCCCAGACAGGGAUCUUCACCUGCGAGAUCCCCGGCGUCUACUACUUUGCCUACCACGUCCACUGUAAAGGGGCCAGCGUCUGGGUGGCGUUGUUCAAGAACAACGAGCCGCUGAUGUACACCUACGACGAGUACAAGAAGGGCUUCCUGGACCAGGCUUCGGGCAGCGCUGUUGUCCAGCUGACGCACGGAGACAAGGUUUACGUUCAAAUGCCAUCUGAGCAGGCGGCAGGACUCUAUGCCGGGCAGUACGUUCAUUCGUCUUUUUCAGGAUAUUUAUUGUAUCCCAUGUAAAACAAAAACCAGACGCACACAAACAUACACACAAAAAUCAAAACCUUUCUUCUCUGCUUCAAACUCUUAUACCAUGAAAGAUGCAUUUUAUGACCGUUUUGGACCAUCUUGUACAAAAAAACCAAAAAAACCUGAAGUUUAACAUUAUGCACAGCUAGUUAUAAAAAAAAAAGUGUGGUGAACAUAUCUAGAGAUGUGUAUCAGGUUCAUAAACAGUUGUUUUGCACCUGAGGGGGACAUAGGAGCUGUACAUUAUAUAUUUCUGUGAUGCCAUGCUUACUUCAUUUCAUUCACCGUAAUUCAGUACUAAGGUUCAAAUCAGCGUACGUCACUCACUCCUGUUGCAUAUUUGACUGUUGCAUUGAUCAUAGUUGAAAUGAAAACCAGUAACUUAAACCAGAGUAGGUCAGUCUCAAACUACAUGGAAAAACUUGAGUGGCUUUUUAUUUGUUUGGGUGGGGUUUUGGGGUGGUUUUUUUUUUUGACAGCAGGUUUGCCUGACAAGCAAAGGUUCUCUUAGCUGGAGACCUUUAUUUCCCUUCCCCACACACAAAAUAUCCCUGCAGGUGUGGUUUUUUGCUGAACAAUUUAUUUAUGAUGGAAAAGGAAUACUGAUGGUGUAACAAUUCCCCACGAGCCUUCUCCAGCAGUCAUUAGACCCAGAACACCGCCCCUGACUCCAGCAGGUGCUGGGUUCACCUCCAAAUGCCACAGCACUCGAAAAGCCUCCAUCUGCAUUUGCACGGCUGAAGUAGAUGAGGUAGAUCAGAGAUAAAAAUGAAGGGUUCCCCAUUUGCUUUGUGCCACGUGAUUGAGACAUUUUGGCCAACACGUGGCAAUACAGCAGGGUGGUAUAAAUUUGCUGGGAUGUCUGUGCUCAUGCUAAGAACCUGCAUCUGUUUGGCUUGUCAGAAGAGACACCUAGUCUGCCACUCAGCAGAAGUUAAAUCAGUUUACUCUUCAAUGACUAGGCAAAGCAGAAGUAGCGCUCUCUGCUAAUUAACUAAUUUGUUGUUUGAGAUCAACUGGUAACUUUAUCAGCAAUACUGAUCAUGCACAUUUAUCUGAGAACUUCGUUUUAUAUAGAAGCUGAUUUCCAAUCCUUAUUUAUAUGUUACCUAUUGUCAAGGAGAACCUGCAGGCCUCGAUUCUUUCUGUACGUGAGGAAGGCAACUUCUCGGAAAGAGCUGUCUGUUCAUCAAUGGUGCUAAUCUCACCUCAAAAGUAUUUGUUUCCAAAGGGCAGUGUACUUUGCUGUGGUUCCCUGUACAGUGCUGCACAUCACACACUGUUACGCUAGUUGAAAGAGUUAAAUACUCAUCACUUCUUCAAUGUCUUUAGCUAAUGCUACUGCUUUUGAUUCAAAAAUGAACUAGAUUUUUCAUGCAGAACUAAGAUUGGAUUUAACUGGCAUUACCAUUAUUUAAAUGCAGAGUUUAAUGCAGUCUAACAUUGACUAAGGACUCCAGUGGUAUAAUGUGGUGCUUUAUCUCAGAAAUUUUAUGGAAUGGUGGCAGGAACAGACGGACAGUUUACCAGGCAUUGGUAACUUCAGUAUGCUCCCGGAAUAUAUGAGAUAUGUCAAAAGCAAAUAAUUUUGUAUUUAAAAUUUUUGUACUGAUUUGAAAAAAAUAUCUUAUUAAAUAUCUUUAAAAAAAAAAAUCCUGUCUUCAUUCAGCAGAACUGUUAGAAGGAGCAAUCAACCUGCUGAAUUCAUGUAUCAGACCACAAGGACUCUCUGAAACCACUGACAGCCUGAUGUGAAAAAAAAUGAGAUUCCCUUUUCUUUAGCUCCCCUCUACUGGCAAAACCUGCCCUAUGCCACUGGGGGGAACGCACUGUCCUGGCGUCGCAUUUAGUGGGAGAGUGUGGCUGGGGCUGGGGGCAAUGCACAGAGCGAGGGGCUCCCGCAGGCAGCCCACAGGAACGGGCACCUGCUCAGCGCAAGCCAACAUGGGACUGCAGCUUAACGAGGCACGGGGCAGCGCGCAGGAAGGCAAGAAAUGGGACAUCGUGGGGUGGCACUGUUAAGGGUUUGUGCUCCCCUAAAGAGCCAGAGCUGGCUGCCCAGGCUGGGAGAUGCACACCACAUGCCUGGCUCUCCCUGUGAUUUGGAAACAGCUUUUCCCACCCCUCCCCAUUUUUCCACCUGCAGCAAAAACCUCAUGUGAAAGUGGCAACAUAUUUGUCACUGAUCAACAUCACUAUUCAAGUGGCUCCACUGCAGGGAGUAAAUGAUAACCCAUGGUGUGGCUCCCCCAGUCUCACCUCAAAGACAGGCAUUUCCUCCAAGCUGGAAAAAUCCUAAACUGUCAAUACUAAAAUGAAUGCACUGAAUACCUACUUGUGCCAGGUAAUCGUUUUCUACCUCUCCCUUAGACUCCCUGAAGCCGCUGGCUAAGCGGCUCCCCGCUCCCCAGCAUCUCAUUUUUACUGCACAAAGAGAAAGAGAAAACAAAACAUGAGCAAAGUAUCACAAUCAGCGCCUUUCACAUUCUAUCAAAAGUCUUUCGUCACAGGCCAUCCUUUUAGUUAAGCAUCUUUUAUUUUAGCAUUCCCCUGAAAGUCCCCAAUAAGACAGGCAAGAUUAAAAAACUAUGAAAAAUUAAAAUCAGGAGUAUGCUGCUCUUGAUCUUACUUACAAAAACUACAUCAGUUUUACUUUUACUCAGCCUGGAGUGAGAUCUCCACCCGCAGUACAGCUCAGCCUACCUAGGUUCAAAAAUUUUCAGCACUGUUUGCUCUGCUAAGCACCAAAGUUUGUUCUGAAACUCGAUACGGUAUCUGACAACGCUGUGUGUACUUUACACACCAUUAAUAAUGGGGCUGGGCACGCGUGCACACACACACACACAGAGAGCACUGACCUUGCAAAAAUCAGCCUGAGGGCACCGUCUUUAACACAGUUUAUUCACAGGAGAAUAAUCUCUUUCCAUUUGUAGCAUUCAAAAUUUCACUUGAAACAACCGUAAGAAUGUCUUCAAAAUACAGCUGGCACUUUAAAGGCAUAUAAAACUUAAGACAAAUGGCAAAUAAAAUAAGUAUUUACCAAUACCAAAAACAGAUGUUGAGCUUCAUAUGUUCUUAAAAAUCAGACCCCACUUAAAAGUUAAGGUAUUUAUACUACCUCCCAGGGCAUUGUUAAAAAGGAAAGCACAGCAUAGGAAACAAGAGGUACCACACACUAAUUAUUAAACACCACAGUUGUGAUUCUGUAUUAUCAUCACCAAUACAGUCACUGGAAAUGUCAUUUAGUAAUAUCUUUUAGGCACUCUCAGAUUUGUAUUUAGUGCAAUAGUUUGUGACCUUUCUUCUUUAGUCAUAUCUCUGUACUUCCUUUAAUUAUUACAGCAGAGGAAAAAAUACUUUCCCAACAGAGAACAACAACAAAAUCCCCCUAGAAGUCCGAGCCAAACACAGCUUUCAGCUGAUGUACGGCAUCCUGCCUGUUUUGUGUGUGCUUUGGUAUCUUAGAGCUAAGUCUUUCUGACAGCACAGCGUUUUGAGGGGGUGGCAGAUAAAAUGCAGGAGCACCUUUGCUGUAAGAUGCUGCUGUCUUGAAAUUCAGCAGGCUGCUGGAGAACAGGACAGAGGAAGAAGGGGUGGGAGCAUCUGACUUUGCAAUUGAUACAGGAAAAAAAACUGAUGGGAGACACUGGGUACCUACAUAGUUACACCAUUACCAGACAUGGAAAUAAAGCUGGCAGCACCCUGGGAUUCAAAAUUUCACAGCUUUGCUGCUGAUGCUGCGAUCACAAAAUUGGGUAGCUUUGACAGGGAAGUUCAGUGCAGAGACUUCACUUUCAGGAAUAGUAAAAAUGGAAAAAGAAAAUCUUAAUAGCAACUCACUCUCAGAAAAAAAAAAAUAAUCUAAGUAUUUAGAGUUAGCAUUAUUGCUUUUCUUAGAAAGUGCCAGGGGAAGUCUUUGGUAUUGCAAAACACCUGUGAAAACGUCUGCCUGGAUAGAAUAGAAGCUGUGGUCUGUGGCCAUUACUGAGAAACGCACUAUACUUACCUACAUGAAGUUAGUGUAAAAGCGAUACCUGUUCUCAAGGCAUGGAGGAGCAGAAAUGACCACAUGAAGCGGGUGACAGUGAUGAAGCAGGGCUGGUGUACACAGAAUCCUACCAAAACAUCUUACGGCAGGGGGAAAUGAAGCAGUUGGCUCACCGCUUAUCAUUGAAGCUAAAAGCUACUGGCCUAUAAGCUGUGCUUUCCAAAGAACUAGUACCUCGUAGUUUAUCAAUAGUAUCAGCUCUUGGCUCAGUCCCAAGAGAACAGGUCUGGCUCUAAAAGUUACUCAGCCACCCUGCAACAGCAACCUCGGCACACGCAGACUCAACAUCCCUGCAGGAGCACAGAAGUGGGGGAAAAAUAUCCCCAGGAGUACUGCUUAAUUUAAAAAAGAAGUCAGUCAUACAAAUAGGGAGGCUUAAUAAAAAAUAAAAAGGAGCAGCCAACAGGGAUAAAUGCUUGUAGACAGCAUACUAAAUGCAUUGAGAAUACCAAACAUUAUUAAAAAAAAAUAAUAGUGUUAGGAAGACAACAGCUGAUGUAGU